UUUCGUUUAUCGUCGGAGUUAUCGCGUUAUCGCCUUUAUAAGUUCAUGCGACUUUUUCCGACACUUAAUUUUCAACCUUCAGCCGCUUCGCAGAGAAAAAAACAAACACUAUGACAAAGGCGUUAUGUUUUAUACGCCGCUCGCUCGCUUUCCGCAUCCUUGACGUAAGGUUGUCGGUGCAGAGGCGGCUACAUGGCGACGCACGAAGCAGUCGAUUCCGCAUUGUGCGCAAAGCUUCGGCGAUUUGCGGUGGUGCCAUCUGUCUCGGAAUUGGGGGUUACAUAGCGUGGACUCGUGAACCUGAAUCUUUCCAAAAGGUUCUUGCUUCUUCUCCCAAUACCGUGGAGUCGCUGACUGUGAGUGAUUGCUCGAAAGUUUCAAGGCGGCAAGCGCAACUUGAAAACGCGAUCAACUAUGCUCACGAGCUACUCGCACGAAAGAAGGACGAAUGGGGUGUACCUGGCAUCGCCGUGGCUGUGAGUGUUGACGGCAAGACAGUUUGGACCGAAGGUCUCGGCUAUGCUGAUGUUGAAAAUAGAGUGCCAUGUGGGAGCCAAACAGUGAUGCGCAUAGGUAGCAUCAGCAAGCCAAUUGCGAUGAUGACUGUUGCAAAGCUGUGGGAAGAAGGGAAGAUUGAUCUGGACAAGCCUAUUCAAGAUUACGUGCCAAGUUUUCCUAAGAAAACAUUUGAUGGCAAGCCAGUUGUAAUCACCUUGAGAGAUCUGGUUUCUCAUGUUGCUGGGAUACGUCACUACGCCAAUUCCAAGAACAGCCCACCUACAAAAGAUGCAAAUGGUGGAGAUGCGGAGUUCCCAGAGGUUUUUAACAAGAAGAAGUUUAGCACUACUGAAGAGGCGCUGGAGAUGUUCAAGAAUGAUCCUCUCCUGUUUGAACCAGGUACAAAGUACCAUUACACCACGCAUGGCUGGACGCUGAUUAGUGCAGCGGUUGAAAACGCAAGCAAGGAGCCCUUUGCAAGCCACCUGAGAAGGCUGCUGAAGACGCUUGGCAUGAACAAUACAGUCCUGGACCAAAAUGAGCCUAUUAUCUACAACCGUUCAAGGUUCUACGCCCGUGACAAAACGGGCUGCCUUGUGAACACACCCAGUGUGGACUGCUCGUACAAGUGGGCAGGUGGCGGCCUUCUUUCCACCGUGAAUGAUCUCGUGCACUUUGGCAAUGUCAUGCUGUACUGCGUCCAGGCUGACGGGAACAAGUACAAGGCUGGCUACCUGCGGCCAGAAACCGUACGCAUGCUGUGGACCCCACAUGCCAAGGCGCACAACAACUGGGACAAAAUAUUCUUCAAGAGCUAUGGCAUGGGAUGGUCACUGACGGAAACGGGCGAGAAUCCUGGUGGCUGUGUUGAGUGGCCCGCGUUUGCGGCAUACCACACGGGAUCAUCUGUUGGUGGCACGGCGGCACUCGUGUUGUUGCCUUCCACGUGGAAUCCCGAGGAAACCAUCAACACAACUCGGGCGAACUCUCCAAGCCCUCCUAGAGGUGUAGUUGUUGCCGUGAUUGGCAACAUCUCCAAUGCUGGUUACGGAAACAUGGCUCUUGGGAUUGCCAGGCAGUUUGCGGAACUCUGCUCUUAAGAGGACGCAGUGAUAGGGUGCUGGCUGGUGUGACACAUGCCAAGAAUGAAUAGGUGAUGGGAACGCUCAGGCGGCUGCCUUAAUCUCCGGACUGUCUUUUAGCAUUAUUAUUGUAAUUAUUGUUUGUCAGCCGUUUGAAACGGCUAUGCCCAUUACUUAUGAACAUCUGUAGCAAAUGUCACUUUUUUACAAAGGAAGCUUUUCCUUCAUUCCAUGUGCCAUCUUACCAUGUGCAACUAUAAGGUUAAGGAAUUCGAGUAUCCUAAAACCUUUUAAAACUCAUGAAUGAAUAACCAAAGUUUUAUAAAUGCGCACUUGAACAUGCUUUGUGUCUAUGGCUUUUCACAUAUGCAUGUAGUAGUUUCUAAGUAUUGCAUGCAAUAUAUAUUAUCAGUAGCUCUUUUACUGCCUUUUGGUCAUUUUCUGUAGGCCAAUUUAUAAGCACCACCAAAUGGAGUACUCGUCAAUUGCGUGGCAAAAUAAUAUACAACAGUUUCCAUUAAAAGGAUUUGAAAAGGUGACGUUUCAAUAUGGACAUUUAUUUCUGCAUGCACUGUUUUCUCACAGUUGCUUUUUUGUUCUUUGUUUAUG